AUGUCGUGUUCACGAUUGCUGCGCCAAACAGUCCAGAUUGCAAGAGCUUCUCCGCGUACAUCUACCAAAUCGUUCACCUUGCAGACCAACUUCAAAAAAUUUCACUCAGCAAGUAAUGUCUUAAAGGAACCCAAAGAUGAGAUCUUGUUUGAGGGUGCAUUUGCGCGAACAGAUCCCUCAGUGGAAUUGGAAUAUCCAGCAGAGGAUGAAUUGCCAUCCAGUGCUCCUGUACAAGGCAGGGGCGGACUUCAUUUCAAACGGACCCUAGCUUCGUUCUCCCUAGAGGGAAAAGUAGGCAUAGUGACAGGAGGCGCCCGAGGACUCGGUCUUGUCAUGAGUCAGGCUAUGGUAAUAAGUGGGGCAGACGUGGCUAUCGUCGAUCUUAAUAAAGAAGAGGCUGAAAAGCAAUCGGAAGAAUUGGUGGCAUCUUUUAUCCGCGAGAAUCCGGGUGCAAUUAAAGUUCCUAAAGUAACCGCCCAUUAUGCCGAUGUUUCGUCACAAGAUUCUGUUGAUGCCGCGAUUUCUGAAGUGAUUAACCAACACGGCAAGAUUGACAGUUUAGUGACUUCUGCAGGCUUCACUGAAAACUUUGAAGCCAUAAACUACCCCAUCGACCGUGUGCGAAAAUUAUGGGGCGUCAAUGUCGACGGCACUUACCUAUUUGCCAUUGGAGUGGCUAAACAUUUGAUACAACGAAAGUCACCAGGAAGCAUGAUUUUUAUUGGAAGCAUGUCUGGGGCCGUCGUGAAUGUUCCACAACCACAAGCACCAUAUAAUGCCGCUAAAGCCGCUAUUCGGCACUUGGCAUCAAGUCUAGCAGUGGAGUGGGCUCAUGCGGGAAUCAGAGUUAAUUGUAUUUCGCCUGGAUACAUGCUCACUGCAUUGACCAAAAAAAUACUCGAAGAGAAUCCUGAUUUAAAGAAGCAAUGGAUAUCUCGUAUUCCACAAGGUAAGAUGGGGAAUCCAGAAGAUUUGAUGGGAGCAGUUACCUUUUUGGCAUCUGAUGCCUCAUCGUACAUGACGGGCGCUGAUCUAAGGGUGGAUGGGGGUUACACCCUAACUUGA